AUGACCAGUCAACUACCAGAGGAGUCUGUGGAGACCCAGAGCUCAGAUGAGCUUGAGUGCAAGAUCUGUUACAACCGCUAUAACCUGCGACAGAGAAAACCGAAAGUGCUGGAGUGUUGUCACAGAGUGUGUGCCAAAUGCCUUUGCAAGAUCAUAGACUUCGGUGAUUCGCCGCAAGGAGUCAUAGUAUGCCCAUUUUGCAGGUUUGAAACAUGCCUGCCAGACGAUGAGGUUAGUAGUCUUCCUGAUGACAACAACAUCCUUCUGAAUUUAGCUUGUGGGGGAAAGGGAAAGAAGUGCCUACCAGACAACCCAACAGAACUGUUGCUGACUCCCAAAAGGUUGGCAUCUCUGGUUAGUCCUUCUCACACCUCUUCUAAUUGCCUGGUUAUAACAAUCAUGGAAGUACAAAGAGAAAGUCCCCAGACUCUGAACUCAACCCCUGUGGUGGAAUUUUACAGGCCUACUAGUUUUGACUCUGUUGCAACUGUGUCCCACAACUGGACAGUAUGGAACUGCACAUCUUUGCUCUUCCAGACCUCAAUUCGGGUGCUAGUGUGGUUGCUAGGGCUGCUGUACUUUAGUUCCUUGCCUUUAGGGAUUUAUUUACUGGUAUCUAAGAAAGUCACCCUUGGGGUUGUCUUUGUAAGCCUUGUUCCUUCGAGCCUUGUUAUUCUCAUGGUUUAUGGCUUUUGCCAGUGCGUUUGCCAUGAAGUUCUAGACUGCAUGUCAUCUUGAUAACAAAUACAGUAAAAUAAGAUGUAUUGCCACAUGUGUAGCAUAGUUGUUUUAUCCUGUCUUUGUAUUCUUACUUAUUCUUAUUGUUGUCUAUCGGACUAAAUGGAAGCAGUGGCCCUAGUUAUAUAUGUGGUCCUUUUUUUUCUACUUGGUUUGACAUCCCGCCCCCUCCUUUUUUUAAGCUAAAUGAUGGAAAUAAAAUCUACAUGCCGAUUUUAAAAGGCCGAGUUGUAAAAAGGGAUAAAGCAAAACUGUGAAACUUGGUGCCUCCUGCUGCUGCCACUUUUCAAAUGAGUAGCCCUUUGCUUUCUGUUGGCUUGAUCAUGCCAGUCAAGGCUGCAGGAUCCACCCUAGAAGAAAUUAGUAUAGCAGGCACCUUCCAGGUCAGAGUGCAGCAUCUCUUCAUCCAAAGCAUCUCAUGCUUUGCAAUAUCUGUUAUUUA